CAGACUGUGUGAGCGAGGUGGCGGUGACAGCCUCACGCUUCUGUCACUGCAGCAGCUCCUCAUUUCCCUGCUGACACRGGGAAUGAACCCUCAGAGAGGGCAGAGUUUUGUUUUUGAGCUGCCCAGAGCAGCCCUGGCAGCACAGAGCAGGGCAAUGCUUCGGGCUGAGACACCCACAGCUCUGUUUAUCCCAUGGCAGAACCACGARUUCAUCGACGAGCAGCUGUUUGAGCAGAACUGCAUGGAGAGCUCGAUGCAGAAUUACCCCUCGUCCCGCAGCCCAUCCCUGUCCAGCCAGGCCGGGCUGAGCACCACGUGCUGCUCGCGGCGCCACAAGAAGAGCAGCCACCUGCCCAACUCCAGCGUGCCCGCCACGCGCCUGAGGAGCAUGCAGGAGCUCAGCACCAUCCACAUCCAGUGCAGCGAGCAGCCCUCCCUCACCACCAGUCGUUCCAGCCUCAACAUGAAAUCAGAUGAUGGGCUGAGAGCGAACUGCAAAGGCUCCCAGAUCACCACAGCCAUCAUCAGCAUCCCCACGCCGCCGGCGCUGACUCCCGAGGGUGAGAGCAGCCCCGGGCACGGCACGAACAUUGCCAGCUCUGCCACCCCCAACAUCGUCAAGGUGUCCGCCUUGUAGAGCAUCCUGCACGGGAGGAGGCUGCAAACACAGCCCCUUCUGCCUCCGCACCUCCACCUUCCUUUCUGCUGCAAUUUGUGCCUGACGGACCGAGCUGAGCUCUGGCACCCAACGGGAAGGCUCUUCAGCACCAACAGGAUGGAUGGAUUGAUGGAUUGAUGGAUGGAUGGAUGCAAAACCUGCCCAGAGUGCAAUUUGUGCCGUGGGAUGGGGUAAAAUCCACCUGCAGGAAUCAUCGUGGCAACCGGAGAGUCACUGAGGCAAACGGAAAUAUAACACUGUGUAUCGCAGCRCCUUUUUAAAGGUUUUUAAUGGAUAAUAUUUAUUCAUGAGGAAAUGACUGAAAAGGUGAAAAACAAUGGAUUUUGUGAAUUUUUUUUUUUUUUCCUUCAUGGAGCAGAACCUUUAA